GCGCUGGGAUGCGCCGGGAUCCUGAGCAGAGCGCUCGGGCUGCGCAGCGGGCUGGGGCUGAUGCGAGAGCGGCUCUGAGCUGCUGCUGCUGCCCGGGGAGAUCUGGGGAGGGGAGGGGUGCCGAGGUGUGACUGUCACCCCGAGCAGGGGGCUGGCUCUGACGAAGCUCCGCUCUCUCCCCAGAGCCUCUCUGAGCUCGCUGUCGGCACAGACCCACCGGCAGAGAGGACAGGUCAAAGGCAUGCCAGCUUUUCCAUGAUGCCUGGCCAGCAACAUCAGCCAUGACCUGCAGGGACAGGCACAAGAGGUAGUUUGGUCUUCUUAGCGAGGUCAGCCCCGAGCUCUGCCCGCUGAGGAGAGACCUUCGGAGGUGUUGGAGGAUGAGUGGGAUAAUGCCAACUCCUGCUGCUCCCUGGUGAGCUGGGACACCAAACUCAAACUGCUUUAGACCCGAAGCUGGACUUUACCUGCAGUCCUGGUCUUAGAAGGAAAUGCUGUCUCUCCUCUGUGACCAUCCCUCGGCUCUCAACGUCUUCCAUUGAAUUUGACUUCAAUUGACUUUCCACGCUAGGAGGCAAGGAUCAAAUGGGUUGAGGACAACUGGCCUUUCUUGGCUUUGGCAAGGAGGAUUCUUUGGUGCAUUUUUAAGUGCCAGGACAUGAAACAGUAAAUCCUUUCUUCCUGCACUCCUGCCUCCUGCAAGCAGCCCCGACUGUGGUCCAAGCCAGCCAGUUCAAGGGUUAACCAUAGCUGGAUGCCUGAAUGGCUGCCUUACUGAUCCCACGGAGGAACAGAGGGAUGAGGACUCGCCUGGGCUGCCUGUCUCACAAAUCAGACUCAUAUAAUGAUUUCACAGCUAUUCUUCCGGACAAGCCCAACCGGGCUUUGAAGAGACUGUCAACAGAAGAAGCGACAAGAUGGGCAGACUCUUUUGAUGUCCUUUUGUCCCAUAAAUAUGGGCUGGCAGCUUUCCGUGCUUUCCUGAAGACGGAGUUCAGCGAGGAGAACCUGGAGUUCUGGCUGGCCUGCGAGGAUUUCAAGAAGACGCGCUCGGCGGCCAAGCUGGCCUCCAAGGCCCAGCGCAUCUUCGAGGAGUUCAUCGACGUGCAGGCCCCUCGGGAGGUGAACAUAGACUUCCAGACACGGGAGCUGACCAGAAGAAAUGUGCAGGAGCCCUCCCUCUCUUGCUUUGACCAAGCUCAGGGGAAGGUGCACAGCCUGAUGGAGAAAGACUCGUACCCCAGGUUCCUGAGAUCCAAAAUUUACACAGACCUGCUGUCUCAGACCCAGAGGAGGCUCAGCUAGAGCAGCCAUGGGGCCCUCAGAAACCACAUGCUUCCCACAACAGCCAAAACCCAUGUCUAAAUGUGAAACUUUCUUGGUGUUAAAAGCAGUGGGGAUGGGAAUAGAGGGAGAAGGGGCAGAGGAAACUUCCAGAGAGUGAUCCAGGCGUGGUGUUAAGACUCUUUGACUUUCUGUGGUUUUGUUUUUUUUUUUUUUGUUUUUGUUUUUUUUUUUUUUUGUUUUUAUUUUGGUUAGCAGUAGCACCUUGCAGUCGUUUCCUCUCUCUAGAACAAACCCACAACCCUCCCGAGUCACGGGCUCAUCUGUGGGCAAGGCAGUUUUCCUGUAAAAUCUCUGGGCUGGUUUGUGUGUAAAUAACACCUUUCCAUCCUUCCACACAUCUCCCUGUCUCUCACCUCUCCCCUGUGCUUGGAAGGGCCCCAAGGGCAGUUCUGACACUUGUGAAGCCACAUCCAGCCCACGUCUCACACAUUGGCUGCUGGGGUCUGGACCCAGAGAGCAAUGGAGGGAGGGAGAGAGGAGACAAAGGCACAGGAUUCAUUCCCUUUCCUGGACUGGAAACCAUCAGCAAACUCAGCUCACCUCCCCAUUUUGUUUGCACACCUUAUGACAUGGCUGCUACCCUGCCACUGCCCCUUUUCCUUCAGGGCUGGAGACUCAGAGUGCUCUCCACAGGACUGUAGUGGAGCUGAGUUUUCCUUGUGAGGAAAGUAAUCCCAGAAGCUCUCACUAAGCCUGGGGAGGCAAGUCUUCUAAUGGGAAUGAUUGUUUUCCAUGGCUGUUAUUUAUUUGUGUGGUAGCUCAGUCUCAGGGCCCCAGUCGUCAUCCAGGCUGUGUUGUGCUGGGCACUGGACCAAAACCUUGCACAAAGGGGCUGCCACAGGCUUGGUGGCUCCUCAGGAACGACCUGCUGGGAGAGAGUGGAGAGCAGGAAUGUCCCCUCUGCCCCUUGCUGAGGUGUAAGAAAAGCACAAGACCUGUCUGCCACAGCAGAUGGCAUUUUCCAUGUGGUACCUGGCCGGCACAUGGCAAGGCAAAAAAUCACAUUUCUAUUUUUGUUAUUUCCUGAUUACUGUUCCUACUUCCCAAUUGUCCACUGUGGGGUCAGUGCCCUGCAAAGAGCUCCCCAAGACACAGACCCUGCUUGCUUCCAGUGGGACACAGAGAGCAGGGGGUGAGCAGGUGGGUGUGUGGCUGUGCAGUGGGGUGUGAGGCGCUCUUUGCCCCUAUUCCCAUAGCCUGCAGGAGAAGGCUCUGUGCAGAUGCCAGGGGUGGAGCACCUCCCCUGUGCUGCUGGGCAAUAAUUCCUACCACCUGAUGGCCCCAUUUCCAGGGCACUGCUGCUCCAGCUUGGCAGAUUCUUGUGAUAUUUCUGAGGGGAGAAGCAGACAGCCUGUCUGUGGAUUUGAGCUGACAGAUCAGAGGUCUGUUUUCUUAAUUUCAUGAAGGCCUGGAAAGCGACCCCAUGGAUCUUUUCCUUCUCUCAGUCAUCCCAGACCAAACCUCUGCUCCAGCCAAGGGUGGUGGGUGGGUUUAAUAUGUCAGAAAGCUGCUGAUAAAGACUUUGUGUAAUGUGGGGUAAAUGAGGUAGAAUGAAUUCUAAAGCCAAGUAUAAUGUGUUUAGAACAAGAUAAAAAAAGUCUGGCUGGAUAUUAAAAAUUACUGACCAUCAACUAAGUAGGAAACAGCUUUUUGAGGCUUUUUGCAAGGAAGAUGUACAGGACAGUAGGACAAAUAGGUUUAGGAUCAAGACAGAGGUGCUGGGUUUAUGCUGGAGGUGUAUUCCUGUGGUCUCCAAGACACUGAAGUUCAAAUACAGUGCAAGUGCAAACUUUAUUUUCAGUAGGGAAACCUGCUUAGGAAACCUUCAGUAGAGUGCCUGGUUGGUCAGCAGCAGAAUCCUCCAGGUCUUUGGAUGGCAAAUCCCAUCUCCAGUUAAAUUUCCAUGAGGAGUGGCCAGGAAGAGCUCAGUAACCCAGCACUCCUGGCUGUCCUCUGGCCCUGCAGGGACGCCUGAGGAGCAGGGGCUGGCAGAGGUGACAGAGGUGGCAUUCUGCAGCCAGGCUCAGUAGCACAGUGACAGCUCAGUGACGGCUUCUGGAGCUGUCAAAGCACAUGAGGCCCUCACGGGACACAAGAGACACAAAGCUCAAGGUCUGCACAUGGCAAUUCCACACAAACUUUUGCUGCUGGCUCGAAAGUGGGAGCAGUGAGACACGUCUGAAGAAUGCUCCAGAUCUGCCAUGGUUUCUCCAAGGGCACCAGAUCGUGCAGGAGUUCAGUGUCCCAAAGCUUUAUGGCAAACAAGGCACAGUGAGACAGGUCUGGGGAACCUGUGCAAUGCAUGGAAGUUUUUCAGACAAUUAUAAGUUUUGUUCAUUUACAUAUCACUGGUUAAUCCUCCAAUUACAGCUUCAGGUAAUGAAGUCAUAUAACCCCAGUUUUCUCCCCCAUAAUUCACUUUUGUUUAUAAUUUUCUGGGCCUGAAGCUGUAGGGUUGUCCUUGAGUUUCAGGCCUAGAGGAAUUGUUUUCCCCGAAGAAAAUGUGAAGACAGUGCUUAACAUUCUAUAUGGAGUUUAGAGUUAGGGAUUUGAAAAAUAUAAAAGCUAAAAUCUUAAGGCAUCAGCCUGUGGUCCUAGUUUUACCCAGUGAUCCCAUUGCUCAGUCUCCAGCACUGUGGCACCAAACAAGUGCUGCAGGUGCUGAAGGGAGGCCACCUUGUCUGGCCCUGCCUUCCUCCUUUCCACCCUCCUCUUGCCUGCACGUGCAAAAAGCACCCCAGAGCAGCCCAGGGUGUGAGAGGCAGCAGCAGGAGGCUUAAGCAGUCAGGGCUUUUAAAGAGAAGGCAGAAGGUCACUGCAGCAGAGAGCUGCCUGGUGGUGUUCUCUCCAGACAGACCUUCUGAGCAGGCUGGGUGGUGCUGACCUCUAGUGCCAGCUGAGGCACCCCAGGCAAGGCUCUGCAGCACCUUGGGAGGGUCACAGAGACAGCCAGGCCAGGGGACACAGCAGGAACCAGUGCUUGUGCCGAGGAAUGUGAGUGGGGACCAUCCCCAGGCUCCCCUGGUGCUACAAAGCCUGGUCCUGUUCAGAGUGUGACUCCACCUCUCCACAACACCCUCCAGCAGCCUUGGUGCUGUUGGCCUUUCAUUUCACGGCAGAACUUGUGGGAAAACUCCGAAGUGGCCACCACCCUGCAAAUCCAAGUUCCCUUCUCUCCUCCAUCCACCUGGGGAAUUGCUUGGAGCAGGGCACACCUGGAGAUGCCUUUGCAGUGGUGACAGGAGCUGGAAUCAGGCUGGCUGGUGUAGAAGUGUCUUCCCUAUUAAACUGGUGUCAGAUAUCCCUUGGGAACAGCAUCCUAGAGCAUAGAGUGGAGCAAAAGUGUUCUCUGAGGCAUGUGAGUCUACCACAGUUAUUUUUGUUGCUGCUCUUGCAGUUUGUCUCUCUGUAAGGAAAGCAGACUAGUUAUUUAAAGUAAAAUUCUGUUUUUUCUUAAACAAGAAAAUGGCACCAGCUGCUUCUUUUAUGACAAAUGCCGUUCUGAAGUGAAUCAAAAUAAGCAGCUUGUAGCUCUACCCCUUAAACCAGGGGCUGAUCAAGGAAAUAAUGACUGAGCCAAAGCUUUGGAAAGAGCUGAAUGGUGACUAAUCCCCACCAAGGACAGUAUCCUAUCCUUGAUUCAUCCCUUCCUGGUGUGAAAGGGAUACUCACAACCUACAAACCCAUUUCCCCUCUCCACAACCACACACCUUCAAUAUUUUCCUCCUGUUUGGAGCAGCAUUAAAGUGUGCCAUCACAUGAAGAGAGGGGGAAAAAAUGGUUCACUCAGUUCUUUUUAUUCAGUUUGCUGGCACAUACCCAGUCAGCUCCCAGGUAGUUUGAUGGCAGAAGGGAAAAAGAGUUCACAGAUUUCCUUUCCCUUUUCUAUGAGCUUCAGGUGGUGCUAACUCCAGGGUCUGAUGCAGAACACUAAUCUGCCUAAAGUUUCUCCUGCUUUGGUCCAUCAGCCAGGCUUGGGAUGAUUUCCAUCACUUUUAGUGGGCUCAUUGAUGCACCAAGGGGUCCCUGUUGUCCAUGCUGGGGAGGUGCGAAGGGCAAAAUCAAGCCAGUGUAAGCAGGGGAGGGGGAAAUUGCUGUGUGUGUCUGGGAGUGUGGGUGAUGAGAGUGCAUGUGACUUCAUCUGUAUCUUAUUUAGUGUCUUCUACUAGAGAAGCUUUUCUGAGACAUAGAUGUGCAUGUUAAAAUAGGAGAAUUAGGCAUAAACGACAUAAACUGAGAUCUUUAGCCAGUGUUGUGUUUGCCUCGUGUAUAAGUCUGAGUAGUAGUAAGAGAUGUAAAACUCUGCUAGGCUUCCAGUUACCCCUAAGAGCACAUGUAUCAAACUGAACUGAAUGUUCACUUAUAGACACAAAACCAAAAUGUUUACAGCAUUCAGAGCAAUAGCAAAGCAUACCUCAUGCCAGCCCUGGAGUGCCUCUCACCCGUCAGUGCAAGCUCUCCCCUCCCUGGGGGCUCUGGCUUCUCCCUCCAAAGUCCUCUCUCCUUCUCUGUGCUGUCCUGGUUGUCUUCCCUCCUCUCUUCCUCCCCCUUGAAGCACUCCAAACCUCCCUGUCCACCAGCACUGUUUGUCCUCAUCUGUCUGAGCCUGGGACUCCCCUAACCUCCCCUCUUUGCCUCUCCUCCAUCCCCAUCCAUCCCUCCUCUCCUCUUUGCCUUUCCCUUCCCCAGACACUCAUCUCUGGUCAUGCCAUCUCCCUCCUACAUGCCUCCUACUGCCACUGUAAAGCUCCUAGGAGCUCUUCCUUGCCUGUUAUAUAAGAACAAAAUGUUUCACAUCAUUUCUGCAUUGUCUUUCAUCCCUGGGGCUGCUGCAGUUGUCUCCUUCCUUGGUGCUGUGCUCUCUCUGGCAUCGUAGCAUUAUAUCCCAGAACUGGAAUUAAAGUUCAUUUUGCUGCUAGACCAGAAUGCUUCUCUCUACCACGCACCCCUUGGGCUUUGCAGAGGCUCAUCUUGUCCCCAGGUCUUUUGUCUUCCUUCUUUUUCUCCUUCUUCCAUGCACGCUGCACAUGCAGUGCUUGUGGCAGGGGCUGGCUAGGGUAGAGGGCAGCCCUGCUGGGGUCACUCACAGCUGGGCACCCCCGUGGCUCUCUGGUUUAUAAAAAUAGUCUCAAUAAAGGUGUGUGGGUUGUAUUUGCCUGGCAAAGUCAGUCAUUGUGCUCUGUGCCUCCUCCUGGCUUUGCAGGAGAACGUGUCUCUAAUCUGGGACUGCGGUGAACUCAGCGGAGUUCAGGGAACUGAGGCCGUGGGAGGGAGGUGGCAGAGGGGGAUGAGCUUGUUACCAAAAACAUCCAACAUUCCUGGCAAAAAGGCACAGGAGAAAAGGCAGUGCCUGCUUCUGGAGGGACCAGGGAGCUCUGGGGACCAGCUGUGCUGUGUGUUUGUCUCAAGCAGCCCCACACCUCCCAGUUUGCCUCGUGUGCUGCACGCCUCAGGCUGGCUCUAAAACAUGACGGGUGAGGAGCUGCUCAGCUCUGCAUUUCCAGUGUAGAUAACAGCGUUAUCCUGAGAGAAAUGUCUUUAUGGUGCUCUGACAGUGCCUGCAGCCACCAGCUGAAAAGCAGUGAGGGGAAGGAGGCACCUGCUGCUGUGUUUGCUCCUGCAGACCUCUGUGGGAAUCCAGAGGGAAUCCAGAGGGAAGAGAGCAGCACACACACCGGGGAUAGAUCCCCCUUCCUUAAGAACCACGACUGCAGAUCUCUUCUUCUUAUAACCUCUCUCCUCAGCUCCUCUACAACUUACCUAUUAGAGUUCACAUUUGUCCUCAAGCUCCUUGGCAUCUCUACCUUGGUGGGAUGGCAGUGUCCCCUUGAGGACCUGACUACAAACCCAAGGGCCUGUAGGGCUGCUUGAAAUCACAAAGAUGUCUCAUUCCACUGGGGAUGAACCCGUGGGUGGCUCAGAAGAGACUGGGGAUGGCUCUGCUGCACGCAGUGAACUCAGGAGUGAGCCACCAGGUAGAAAGAACAGCUCAAAAGUGUUUUCCUCUGCCACGUUUUUAUUUUUGUGAGAUCCUGCUGCUGCAGCUGCCGCCUCCGCGGUGUCCAGGUGCUGCUGGUGUGGGGAGGUGUCAGCAGGAGCAGCUGGGGCAGGCCAUGCAGGCUGUUCAGCCUGAUCCCUUCCUGCUCAGGGACAGCCAUGGGCUCAGCUCCCUGGGUUCCCCUGCUUGUUUGCCAGGCUCCCCUUCCCUGGGAGGCUGCAGAAGCUCCUCAGCCCACCACAAACCCCGCUGGAGUCGUGUCACCACGUUGUGCAGUGUUACACCCCCUCUGUAUAGACACCCUGAGGAUGUAAUAAACAGCCUGACUAUUUGUUCUCUG